AUGCAUCGCAAGGCCAACAGCCCGGGUGUCGACUUUCUGCCCUUUCAGGUGAAGAUUUGGAGGCGUUUAGCUGACGGUGCUCGGGAAUUGGUGCUUCGUCAGUCGCAGUUUCUGCGCGUUGUUAUGGCACAGGGUGCUAGCCUACGGAAACCUGUGCUGCGCGCUUUCCGCUCGGUAUAUCAUGCCUAG